GAAGGUCAUCCUUCCUUUGGGAUCCACCACCUUCACACUUUUCUCCAUCUUUUCAUCACUGCAGCAUAGCCUCCAGCCACUCGCUCCUUCACGUAAAUUGCACCAUCUGCUUCAUCAUUUCUUCAAGAAAAAUCAAUGGGGAGAGCACCUUGCUGUGACAAAACUGGCCUCAAGAAAGGUCCAUGGACUCCCGAGGAAGAUCUUAAGCUUACUAAUUAUAUUCAGAUUCAUGGCCCUGGAAACUGGCGUACCCUCCCUAAGAAUGCUGGUCUCGAAAGAUGUGGAAAGAGCUGCCGUCUCAGAUGGGCAAACUACCUUAGACCUGAUAUCAAGAGAGGAAGGUUUUCCUUUGAAGAAGAAGAAACCAUAAUUCAACUUCACAGUAUCUUGGGCAACAAGUGGUCAGCUAUUGCCGCUCGUUUGCCAGGAAGGACGGACAAUGAAAUCAAGAACUACUGGAACACGCAUAUCAGGAAAAGGCUUCUAAGAAAUGGAAUAGAUCCAGUGACGCAUGCUCCACGCCUUGAUAUGCUUGACCUUUCCUCCAUUCUCACCUCAACUUUGUGCAACCAAUCUCUUCUCAAUGCGUCAAACUUGUUAGGUGCACAACCUCUCCUAAACCCACAACUGCUACGGCUAGCUAAUACUCUCUUAUCUUUGAAACAAGAGAACCCAGAUAUACUUGUGCAAUAUCUCCACAAAAACCAGCUCUCUAAUUCUCAGCAACAUCUGGUUCCCAGCUCCUUACAACCAAGUCAGCUUCAAGUUCAAUCCACCAUCCAAAAUGAUUCCACAUGCACCACAUCUACUCCCAUUCCUAGUACUUGGGCGCUAAACCAAAUAGAACUCAUGCAAAACAAUGCAACAGGGAUUUCUUCCAAUAUGAAAAGCUUCAGUUGCCCAGAUACCCAAGAAACAUUGACUUCUACUUUAACUAAUGCCUGUGCUUCGCUUCCAAAAUAUGUGCACUGUAGUCCAAAUCCGACAGAUCCCUUUAUAUCUGAGAAUUCUAACGUCCAAUCAGUAGGGGGCAGCCAGAUGUUUAGCUUUGAUUCUGUGAGGUCAACGCCAAUAAGAAGUCCAUCUCCGUUGAAUUCACCGUCAACAUUCAUCAACAGCAGCAGCAGUGUCGAUGACGAGAGAGAAAGCUUCAGCAGCUUGCUCAAGUUUGAAAUUCCUGAUAGUUUGGAUAUCAGUGAUUUUAUGUAA